UUUCCAUCUUUGCAGAAUUCAUUUGGAUUUGAUGCCUUUUUUGAAAGGCGUAAGAUUUGGGGCCAAGGAAAAGGAAGGAAACGCAACGUUUUUCUUGCUUAUAAUUAUUCCGAUUACAUUAUUAAUUAAAUAAAAGUUUGUUAUAUCCCCUCUGUUUCUCCAUAAACAGCGUCGUACCUGGUUUUGCCUUUCCCCAUCAGCAUCGGUCUCUGUUGUUAGCUUAUCUGAUCUCCACCCAACUCACCCAAUCACAUUCACAUAUUCAAUUUCAUUUCCUUUCGCUCAAUUGAUCAGCUGCAGUGACAAUGGCUGCGGCAAUUGCUAAGCGAGGCCUAGGAAAUACCUCUCAUUUUACUUGGAAACAAGUUCCUAGGAUACUCAAAAAGGAGGUUUCUGAUGACGACGACUGGUCGCCCUCCACCAAUCAUAAGAAACUGAGGCCCAUUCCGAAUUUUGGAUUUUCGGAUGGCGGUGGGAUUCCUAAGAAGCGUAGGAGUGCCUUAGAUAAGACAAGUAGUUCUGAAGAUGUAGGGUUAAAAGAUGAUUCUGAAGAUGGAAUUUCAGAAGAAUUGUGUAUUAUUAACAUGAGAGAGCGCAAAAGAGCUAGGAAUCCGAGUAGGGAGAUAAACAAAAGUGAUCACAAGGAAAAUGUAGGUAUUGUGAAUGUUUCUCUGUCUAUUUUAAAGGAUGAUUCAGAAGAUGAGGAAUUUUUUGUGAACAUGAGAGAGCGUAUUAGGGAUACAACUUCACUUACUGAAAUUAACAGAACGCGUCCUAAGGAUACGAGAAGUGAUAACAUUGAAAGUUCUUCUCCUUGUGGUGUAAAGCAUGAUUCACAGGAUGAAGACUUGGAAGAAUUGUGUAACAAGGGUUCCAGAGGGAGAAGUGUAGAUAAUAAGAAUUCUUCUCUACGUGCUUUGAAGCAUGACUCCGAAGAUGAGGACUGGGAAGGAUCGCAAGAGCGCAAAAGAGCUAGAAAUUUCUGUAUUGGGAUGAAUAGAAGGGAUAAGAAGGAUACGAGAGGGAAAAGUAAAAAAUUUAAGAAUUCCUCUCUAUAUGCUUUAAAGCAUGACUCAGAAAACUUGGAAGCAUUGGGCAUUAUGAACGUGCGAGAACACAGAAGGGCAAGAAAUUCUAGAAGUGGCAUAAACAGAAGAAAUAACAAGGGGAGGAGAAAGAAAAGUAAGGAUCCGGUAAAUGAUUCUCUUUGCACUUCAAAGGAUGACUCAGAAGAUGAGGUCCUGGACUUGAGAAAGCGCAGAAGGCAUAGAAAUUUAAAUAGUGAGGUAGACAUAAGAAAACGCAAAGAAGCGAGAAUGGAAGAAAUAGAUUCGAUGAACUUUUCUCUCCGUACUUCAUCUUCGUCAUUAGCAUCUUCUAGCUCAUCACUUUCACCUGUCAAGAGUGAUGGUAGUAGCAGCAGUACAUAUGCUUCUGGAUUUAUGAAGGCUAAAACAGAAGCACGCCUUAAGUGUCACCAGUGCUUGAGAAAUGAAAGGAUAAUUGUAGUCCCUUGUAAGAAGUGUAAAGGAAAAAUGUAUUGCAUCCAAUGCAUUAGAAAAUGGUACCCGGAGAUGACAGAAGAGGAAAUUGCGGAACAAUGUCCAUUUUGUCGCAGAAACUGCAACUGCAAUGUUUGUUUGCACUCCAGUGGAUUGAUAAAGACAUCAAGAAAGGACAUCAGUAACGCCGAGAAGGUUCAGCAUCUACAGUAUAUGGUUAAGUCACUGAUUCCUUUUCUUGAACAAAUCUGUGAAGAACAAGCUCGAGAGAUGAAUAUUGAAGCCAGCAUUCUAGGUUCUUCCCAUAAGAUAGCUGCGAACUUCUGCCACAAUGAUGAGCGGGUCUAUUGCAAUCAUUGUGCAACUUCUAUUGUUGACUUCCAUCGCAGCUGUCCAGAAUGUGCUUAUGAACUUUGUCUUAGUUGUUGUAAAGAAAUCCGUGAAGAAAGCUUAUCCAGUCGUGCUAAAAUAAAGCUGCAAUAUGUAAAUCGGGGCUAUGACUAUAUGCACGGUGGAGAUCCUCUGCCUUGUGAUAUUGAAGAUCCUGAGGAUCAAAGCAAGCCAUUAACUGUUAUGUGGAGUGCCAAUCAUGAUGGGAGUAUCUGUUGUGCUCCAAAAGAAUUGGGUGGCUGUGGCGGUCAUGUAUUGGAACUAAAACGUAUUCUUCCACUGGGAUGGAUUUCAGAGUUGAGCCAAAAGGGAAGAAAAUUAUUGAGCCUUUCUGAUGCCAAAAAUACAAGUUUGAUGUGUAAAAACUCUCAAACAGAAAGAUGGAUGCUUAGAAAAGCAGCUUCUAGAGAAGAAUCUGAGGAUAAUUACUUGUUAUGUCCUUCUUUGAAGGACGUUCAAGAUAGUCAAGAGCUUUUUCAAUUUCAGAACCACUGGGUUAAAGGUGAACCUGUUAUAGUUAAGGAUGUUCUUGAGGCAACGUCUCAUUUAAGCUGGGAGCCCAUGGUCAUGUGGCGAGCAUUAUGCGAAAAUGUGGACUCGGAUACAAGUGCUAAGAUGUCUGAAGUAAAGGCCAUGGACUGCCUGGCUUCUUGUGAGGUUGAAAUUAAUGCGCGCCAAUUUUUCAAGGGGUAUACAGAAGGGAGAAGUUACGAUAACUUUUGGCCUGAGAUGCUGAAGUUGAAGGAUUGGCCCCCGUCUGAUAAGUUUGAAGACCUUUUGCCGCGCCACUGCGAUGAAUUUAUAAGCGCUUUACCUUUCCAAGAAUAUAGUGAUCCCAAGGCAGGUAUCCUCAAUGUUGCCGUAAAAUUCCCUCCAGGUCUACUACAACCAGACAUGGGUCCAAAAACUUACAUAGCUUAUGGCACAAAAGAAGAGCUGGGAAGAGGAGACUCCGUAACCAAACUUCACUGUGAUAUGUCGGAUGCGGUGAACAUUCUGACCCAUUCUGAAGAGGUAACCUUAGGAGAAGAUCAGCAAGUUUGCAUACAGAAGCUUAAAAGAAAACACAGGGCACAGGAUGAGAAAGAGAGUCUAGAACGGGACAACAAAAGUAAGCGCAAUAGUAACACCAUACAACCUGAAGAGUGCAGUGGCAGUUGGAUGGAAGACAUGGAUGAUGCAUCUCUCAUUGGAGAGACAGAAAAUAACUCUGAAAUCAGUGAGAAUGAGCUAAGAGAACCCAUCAAUGCUAAUGCAAGUACCCAAGUGACAAAAGGGGAAACAUGUGGUGCAUUGUGGGACAUUUUUAGGAGGGAGGAUGUCCCCAAGCUAGGAGAAUAUCUGAGAAAGCAUCACAUAGAAUUCAGGCAUACUUUUUCUUCUCCUGUGAAACAGGUUAUCCAUCCAAUUCAUGACCAGUGUUUUUAUUUAACUCUGGAGCACAAAAAGAAGCUGAAAGAGGAAUAUGGUGUUGAACCGUGGACAUUUGAACAAAGUGUUGGAGAAGCCGUAUUUAUCCCUGCCGGCUGUCCGCACCAAGUUAGGAACCUCAAGUCAUGUACCAAAGUUGCUGUGGAUUUUGUCUCUCCUGAGAAUAUCCAUGAAUGUCUUCGCUUAACGGAGGAGUUCCGACACCUUCCCAAAAACCAUAGAGCAAGAGAGGAUAAACUUGAGAUCAAGAAAAUGAUAAUCUAUGCAGUUGAACAAGCCAUUAAAGAUUUACAAGAGGUAAGUUUGAUUCCACCAUCAAAUGACCUCUAGUAAAUUUUUAAUGGCUUGUUAUCAAAUUUUUUGUCGAGCACAACCUGUGGAAGACACCCGCCAAAUGUUCAUUCUUUUCGAUUCGCAAUGCGAUGCCUUACUUUCGUCACCCAUGGUGUCCACCAACCAGCAGAUAUUUUGUAGACUGAUAUAAAAGUAGGUGUUUUAUGUAAUGCACCAAAGAUAGAAGAAUUUCAGUCACUGAUCAACAGUUGAUGUACAUAUGUUCCUCAAUUCUGAAUGUUUUCUUGCAUAAAUAUUGCAAAGCGCAAUCAUUUUGCCAAAAAGAUACAGGCUAUAUUUAUAUUUUCAAGUUGCUCCUUCAUUCCUGGGGCAGAGUUGGCA